UAAAACCCUGCACACCGCGCUCGGUGCGGCCAGACCGUGCGCAGCGACCUCCAUACAGGUGGUCGCGCCGGUCCCCACCAAGAUGUUAACCAAAGUUCUCCUGAUCCUCCUGGGCAUGUCCAUAAUCCUCCCGUCUAGGAGCGAAGAACCUCAUGUUGAAUUAAAAAAUGGACCCUCUGCCCAUGAUGAUGUCUACGGGCACCAGCCCCAGGCUCCUGAAAACAAACUCCUUUCUGAAGAAACAGUGCCCACCAUUACUGGUCCCUAUCACAGACUUGGGAACCUGCAAGCAGCCACUCACAUUCUGAACAGUAUCCUGAAUAACUAUGACCACAAACUGCGCCCUGGCAUAGGUGAAAAGCCCACUGUUGUCACUGUUGAGCUCUCUGUCAACACCCUUGGUCCUGUCUCUAUCCUAGACAUGGAAUACACCAUUGACAUCACCUUCUGCCAGACUUGGUACGAUGAACGCCUCCGUUACAAUGGCAGCUUUGAGAGUUUUGUUCUGAAUGGCGACAUGGUGAGCCAGCUAUGGAUCCCAGACACGUUUUUUAGGAAUUCUAAGAGGACUCAAGAGCAUGUGAUCACCAUGCCCAACCAGAUGGCUCGCAUCCACAAGGAUGGCAAGGUGUUAUACACAAUUAGGAUGACCAUUGAUGCUGGAUGCUUACUCCACAUGCUCAAAUUUCCAAUGGAUUCUCACUCUUGCCCUCUGUCUUUCUCUAGCUUUUCCUAUCCUGAGAGUGAGAUGAUCUACAAAUGGGAAGAUUUCAAGCUUGAAAUCAAUGAGAAGAAUUCUUGGAAGCUCUUUCAGUUUGAUUUUACAGGAGUGACUAACACUACUGAAACUAUCUCAACCCCUGCUGGUGAUUUCAUGGUCACGACACUUUUCUUUAAUGUGAGCAGGCGGUUUGGCUUUGUAGCCUUUCAAAACUACGUCCCUUCUUCUGUGACCACAAUGCUUUCCUGGGUUUCCUUUUGGAUCAAGAAAGACUCUGCGCCAGCCAGAACCUCUUUAGGAAUAACCUCUGUACUCACCAUGACCACACUGGGCACCUUUUCCCGUAAGAAUUUCCCACGUGUCUCCUAUGUCACAGCCUUGGAUUUCUAUAUUGCCAUCUGCUUCGUCUUUUGCUUCUGUGCUCUGAUGGAGUUUGCUGUGCUCAACUUUCUGACCUACAACUGGACGAAACCCCGUGCUUCUCCAAAACUUCGCCAUCCACAUAUUCGUGCUCAUGCCCUUACUCCUGCCCGUGCCCAUGCCCACCAGCAUCCAGAAGCUUUUGUGUGCCAGAUCGAGGACUCCGAGGAGAGUGAUGGAGAGGAAGGCCCAUUUUGCCCAGCCCAGCAGUCUUUCAGACGACGUACCAUCCAGAAAGCUGGUGCCAGCUGGUACCAUGUGGACAGCCUCCCCAGUUCCCCAGGAGGUCCCACAGCCCUUUGCAAGGGAGUCAGAGGAAAGCAGCAGCAGCAGCAGGAGCAACAGGGGAGUGUCUCUCCUUCCCCAUUCCCCAAAUAUAAGCCUGCAUAGAAUUGCUCUUUGCUGGCCCUCUCCCCUACCUGGCCCAUUCAUGGACUCUCCAUGGCAGUCCAUUUCAAGUAGAAUGGCCUCCUCUUUAUUACUCAAGAGGCAUUGAUGAUGCUCAGAUUUAUUAUCACAGGCUGUCAGUGAUUAGCUCCCUAAGACUGUGCCCGUGUAUGAAUAGAUUAGCUAUCUCACAGUGCUGAUACCUAUUGCCUUUUUCCAGAAACAAUACUGCCUUUGUGUGCUCCAGGCCCAGCUCUGGCCUCACCCUCAAAGUGCAUAGACCAUCUACUUGCCUGUUCCUUAAAAUGUUGGGCAGCAGUGUAAAGGGGAAGGGGACUCUAGCCCUUAGAUCACAUUAUUAUAUUCUUGGUAUUUUCUUCCUGCCCUCCCUUCCCCUGCAGAGAGACACUGGUAUAAUACUUUCAAGAGGAAGGGAGCCAGCAAUUGAGCUUCUUUGGGAUAGUAUCUCCCUCUGCUGCUGUGCCACCUCCUGCUCCCCCCACCACCCCCACCUCCAUCCUUCAUCUGCACUACAAAUUCAAUGCCUUGCAUCCAUUGGGUAUCUAUUUUUGUCUGUGAUAAUAGUAAUGACUCCCUGCUUUGUAUGCCACCUUCUUCCUCCUCCUUGACCCCUGUGACGUUUUCUGUAACUUCCCCAGUGGCUUUCCCAGCCCCGGCCCAGGUGCUAGGCCAUGGUGACUUCUUGGGGCCAAGAAACAAAGAGGACUUUGCUUUGCAGUGGGCAUUACUGACACAGAUUGGUGCCCUCUAAAGGCACAAAAUAAGAGUUUUGCCACUUCCUUGGCCCCUGGACCCAUGAGCCAGUCCACUCCUAUCCUGGGGCACUGACAAUCACAAUCAAUGAAUUGAAUUCCCUUAAAUUUAUAUAGCAAUUUACCUUUUGCAAAACACUUUUGACAAAUUAUUUCUAUUUUGAGCCUCAUCAUAGCCCUGUGAUAUAUUCAGGGCAGGAUUCUUAUUCCCAUUUUGCAGAUGAGAACCCUGAGGCACAAAUUUCUAUGGGACUGUGAAUUUCACUGGAAACUACUCAGGAUCCCACUGUCACCUUCUAGACCACAUAACAGGGCUAGGCAGCUCUGCUCACCGUGAUUUGAUUCUAUAGCCUCUGCCAUUGGCAAGGCCCAGAGUGGCAACCUCUCUUCAGCACUGGCCUGCUCAAUUCCUGGGCCCCCAAGACCGAACCUCUCCUGGCUCUGGCAACCCAGUGAGGUGAAUUUGGACACGCCCCAAUGCUUGUAUAUGCAGAAUGAAAUCUGUGUUUGUAUUUUACUGGGGGGGGGUAGGGUAGGGAGAUACAUCUGCUUUUUGUCACCAUCAGCUGAGAAGGGGAAAUGUAUCAAUAAAUAUAUCAGCAAAAUAUGAAA